CGUAGUAUCUGCCUACCGUCAAUGAAAGGCGGCUAUUACAUCGUGCACGCCGCGAUUUCCAAGGCGUCGGGCUCCAUCCUGGCUGGUCAUUGCCUCUGCCCCGCAGGCCUGAGCGGCACAUGCCAACAUUUUGUUGGGUUAAUCCUUCAUGCCAUUCACUUGGCGCAAAAGGAUGCGGCAACGUGCACGGAAGUUCCAUGUGCUUGGAUUGUUCCUGCCCAAGUCAAAAAGCAUGAGCCACCUCUGCCUCUGCAAGACAUCACUUUUCACACAAGGAAACAUGAAGGUGCGAAAAGGCGGCGGUUUGAUCCACUGCCAGGGCUCUCACCGAGUGACCCAUCUCUGCUUGCUGCCGAUCUCGAAAAGGUGGCAGCAAACUGCCUGCUUCUCCGUUAUAUGAGCAAAGAAAACUCAGGAGAAUCACUUGAUGAACACAGUCCCAGUGAAGUGGCACCAGAAGCUUCAGACACUCCACUGGUCCCAGACAUUGAAGACAUCCACAGUGAGACCUGUCAAAGACUCAUACAAGAGAGGUUUGAUGCUAUACAGGCCCUCUCGGUGGACAGCAGAGCAGUUGUUCUCGAGUCAACGAUUGGACAGGCCGCAAAUCCAACCUGGCACAUGGAGCGGAUUGGUCGGCUAACUGCCUCAAUGUUUAAAAGAAUUGUGCGGUGCCGGAAACCUGACAGUAUUGUUAAAGAGAUACUUUACCCGCGGAGCUAUAAAACUGAAGCCAUGCACUAUGGAAAUGUGCACGAGCCAGAUGCCGUUCAGGCAUAUGAACAGCUAAUGGCCUGCAUGGAUAAGACCAUAACUGUGGGAUAUACAGGCCUGCACGUGCAUGCUGAGCAUCCGUUUAUUGCUGCAUCCCCAGAUAGACUGGUAUUUGAGGGCAGUGACAUGGGGCUGCUAGAAGUUAAAUGCCCGUUUUCUUUCAAAGGAAAAAGUAUCGAAGAAGCUGCAGCUUCUCCAAAGUUUUGUUGUAGGGCAACAGGUAAUGAAAUUACAUUGAAAAGGGAGCAUGAAUACUAUUAUCAGUUGCAGGGCCAAAUGGCAGUGACAGGACUUAGCUGGUGCGACUUCGUUGUGUGGACUAAUGCAGCAUCCAUUGCAUCCUCCUUACACGUCGAAAGGAUUUUCUUUGAUGAGGCCAUGUGGUCUCAGGAAAUAUUGCCAGCACUACUGCAUUUCUAUAGGAAUGCUGUGCUAGCUGAGGAGCUGACCCAGCGAAUUAGAAGAGGGCUUCCCCUGUAUAGUUCUGCCAGGUAUGUUGGCACUGCCAAAAGGAAUCUGAAAACCUGCAGAAAGCAGGAGCCCCCUACUGCAAAAAUAUGUACACCACAAAGAGAAUGAAGUCAUUGUCAAGGAGGUGGGACAAAACAAUGGCCUGAUACGGAAGGGCGUAUGUGAGUCGGCUAAUUACGAAUGCGUGAACCAGGCUGAUGGUCUCUCCCUUAGUUAGGCCGUCUCUGCUUCUUGCCACUCUCCUUAUCAUUCUGGCCACGU